AUGAUUAAAGUAAUAUCUUAUAGAUUUAAGAAAAAGCCACCUAAUUUGAAGCAUGUUUUAGAGGGAAAUAAGGAAGAAUGGGAUGACUUUAUUAAAUAUAUGGAAAGCUUAAAAAAAUCUACUACUGCUUCGUUUGAGAAUGGUGGAUAUUGCUCUGAUGUAUGGAUCGAAAAUUAUACAGGUUAUAAAAAUUCAUUGAACGAAAAUAUUGAUGAUGUUAUAAAAAUGAGAAAAUGGAAUGAUAAUAUGGAAUUUUGUAUGCAUCCUAUUUGUAAAGAAUCGUCUUCCGAUAAUGAUAAUUGUUCCAUAGAAUCAGAUAGUGUAUUUAAUUUUGAUAAAUAUAGAGUAAUUGAAAAUAAUAUAUACUCCAAUAAUGCAAAUAUCAAGAGAACAAAAAUUAGAGAUAAAGACAAUAAUUAUAUAGAUAAUGAAAAUGAUGAUAUUAAAGAAUUAAUGAAAAAAAAUAAAAUAAAUAUCGACGGGUUUAACAAAAGAGAGAAUAAAAAAAUGUAUGCUAAUACAUAUAAGCAUUAUUUAUAUAUGAAAACAGGUAUGAAUAAUAUAAUGAGUAGUGAUGGUAAUUAUUUAGGUGAUAAUAAAAUGGGUAUAAGCGAAUCUUUAAUGAAGUUACGUGAAAACUUUGUAGAAAAGAAAAAUGAUAUAUCUAAAUCAUGUUUAAAUAAUCAAAGCAUAAACAAUACACAUGAUAAUGGAAAUAAUGAUAAUUUAUCCUACAAUGAAAAUGAAAAGAGAAUGAAAAAUGUUUCACAUUAUGAUAAAAAAAAUUGGAAACAUAAUAAAAAAGGGUAUAUGACAAAACGGAAAAAUUUAAAUAACGAUAAAUCUUCAUUAAAGUACAAUUCUAAGAAUAUAUCGACGUAUUAUAGUGAGUACAAUGAUAAAAAUUUUGAUAGCAAUGACGACAGUGAUACAAGCUAUGAAAAUAAAAUGAAAACGUAUAAUAGGGCGUUAAAUAAUAAUAACAAUAAUUCUUGUGUUUAUUUAACCCUAGUUAAUAAUGGAUAUAGUAAAAAUAAAUAUAUUAGUAACAAUGGUAAGAAUAAAAAAGGAAAAAAGAAGAAACAAAAAUCAACAGAUAAAAUAGAAAUUGAUGGAUCUUAUGCAUAUAAUUAUGCAUACAUAAAUAGUAAUGAUGAGUCAGUGUCAUCUAGUUCAAGGGAGGGAAUAAAUGACACUAUAAUGAAUUUGGAUGAGGAAGCAAAAAAUUAUAAUUUUAGCAACUUUAUGUAA